AUGACGCGAGACGCCACUCGGCCACUCGACGCUGGGCCCGGCCCCCAUCACAUCCAUCACGAUGUUGAAACCGAUCUACUGGCUGGGCUCUGGGAGACUGCUCCUUUUGCUCGUCUACCCUGGGAUGCGCCGCCCGAGUUGAAAGAGUUGGUCGAGGACAUACAAAACCCGCGCAGGGUCUAUGCCAUACAUCAGGCCAGUCGCCGGCAUGGCUUCCAGCAGCUGGUCGAGAAGUUUAUCGUUCAACUACGGGACGGAUGCGGCUCCAACUAUUGCAGCACCCCGACUUGUUUCUCCUUUCGAAAGCGGAGUGUUGGACGCAUACCAAUACGGCGGUACAAUGUCACGAGCGCAAGGGUCCUGGCUGUCUACAUGGCUGGCCAGGACAAUCCAGAAAAUGCCCUGUGUCCAGCCCUCAGGAGUCCCAAGAUGCCUCCCGCUGCCUUAGACUCCCUCAUCUUCUACCGGAAACCCAGCCUACAGCAUACCGAAGAGAGAACACGGCCGCCCGGGAAAGGCCGCACUACGGCAGAUAAAGAAGGGCAAUCCAAGAGCCGGCAAGUUCGGGUAAAGGCCAAAGUUCAGGUGCAUUCGAGUUCGAGGGAGUCGAGCGCUGGGAAGGAGAGGAACACGCCCGCUUCACCCCAAGAGACGCCGGCCGCCUAUGACGGCCCUAAAUUCGAGGUCACCGAGAGGCAUACCGGCAAAGACUACCGGUCCUUCGCAGCAAAUAUGUUCGGUACCGUGGCUUUCAAAAUGCUGGAGUGGUUGACACCCAAUGCGCUCGACGAUAUGCACGAGACGGCCUGUGAUCUGGAGAAGGACAACCGCGAGGAGGACUUCAGGACCCCAAAACCUCGUCGGAGGAAGUCGUCUCCUCGACCAGAGUCACCUCGUCAGGAUUCGCCACCAGCCUCGCCCAAGGAGCAUGAUGCCAAUGAUUUCUCCAUUGCCGAAGAGGCCACUGCCGAAGUCAAGCCAUUGAAUGGCAAGGCGGAGAUUGAGCAACGCGAGAAAGAGAACGAGCCGCUUGUGAAUGGGAAUGGGCCAGUGUCCACUCGCAGGCCUGGAAGUGUACGCCGCAAUUCUAAUGCCAGGGUACGCACCAACUCGGCCACCAAGCCGAAGCGAAAACUGUCAUUGGACACCUAUCCUCCUGAUCUGGUUUCUGAUGAGCCGGUAAAUGGGCUUAAGUCACCGCGCUUGCCAGGGUUCCAGGCGGAGAAGAACAGCAGGUCUUGCAAGACAACAACCUCUACCUUCUCCCGGCCACCGCCUCAGGCGGCAUCAGCAGACUACCUGGCAAGGACUCGUAUAGAGGAGUCCUCGCCUGCGCCACCUCAGGACAGGAACAAGCCUGAUACAACGCAAAUAGACGAGGGUCUGGGGCAACGAGGAGCGGCUGCUCAAGAAUCUGAUCAUCAAAGCACCCCCUCGGAAAUCUCAGCGAGCGAUUAUUCCAUGGCGCCACCCGACGGUGAUACCGAGGUUACGUACGAUUCGUUCCUUCCGCAGGCCAUCUCGCGUCUGAACGUCGACGUUGUUGACUUCGUCUGCGAUGUGCUACAAGAUGAUGGCACACGCGAGCAACAUCUACUAGAGCCGGCAGAGGUGCCAAAAUCGCUCGCAGCCACGACAACGAAGCGAGUCAGUAAAUUAAAGAGAAGACAUAAAUCCAGGAGAUGCUCCUACCCCGCGGAUCUCAAGAAGGAAUGGAAGUUGUUCAUCGAACAGAGCCUCUUUUAUACGCUCAGCGACCCUCACGCUCUCAUUCACUCAUUCACACACAAAGGCGAACUUAUCGACUCCCAGGCGCUCUGGUAUUGCAUGCUCCGGAUGACAAGAGUUGCGCCUACCCUGGUCUACCACUGUCUCUGGCUGUCCGCCGCGCACCUCUUUGCGCCCCCUAAAUCCGUCCAAUCCCUUCGGUCGCCCACUGCCAGACUCUUCCCAAAACAGGAAGUCUCGUUGUCCAAUGCUGAAGCAGGACGUCUGAUGUCCAUAUGUCUUCACGCUCUGAUUGCCGCGGCACCCAUGGUGUCGGAGAAAUCUCAGCUCACAGAGAUGUCGCGAUUGCGAUCACAAGGACUGAGCUUGGCAGCGAGUGGUAGUCAACCUGCGGAACUUUGUCUGCAAUAUGACGACGCAUUUUCCCACGACUUAGCAAUGAGGCUGGCGAGAAGGCUUCUGUCCGCUAUUACGGCGCGGAGGUACUUCGACGAUAUGCUCAGCCAAGAGACCCCCUUCGGUGACGCUAGUGAGGGCGAGCCAGAUGUUCUGGCACCCCUGUUCACGCAACUCGAUGCCCUUAGUGUGAGCAACGAGGAAGGCCUUCACGAAACGCGCAUGUCGACAUUGCUACUUGAUUGGGCACGAGCUGUCAUGUUCUACGAGUGGGACGGAAGCCCAGAAGUCCCAGAAGAUGGCCCGUUUGGUGGUGCCCUUGCAUUGACAGAUGCCAUCAACAAGAAGAGCCAGGCCCUACGGAUCACCCACAAACAGCUUCUUGCCGAUUACUUUUCGGAGCGACUUGACAACGUCGAUAUGCCUGUUGCAUGGUUAUCUUUCACAUCCACCAGACAGAAGGGUCAUUUACUGGACCAUCCCUAUAUUUUCAACCCGGACACUCUCGUGUCCUACUUUCGUGCUAUUAACUUUUCGAGAAUGAGCCAUGUCUAUGAAGAGGCAGCCUCACUGCAGAACCGACUGGAUCGUCUCUUUGAGCAGGCAACGCUGAUCGUGAAUCGGCACCACAAAACCGUGCUGCAAGAUCUUCUCCGCACCGCAAGGUCGAGAUACCUGAUCCUAGAUAUUGGUCGGAAAACGGUACUACGGGAUGCCUUUGACCAACUCUGGCGCCGUGAGGAGAGGGAGUUGCUCAGACCACUGAAAGUGCAUCUAGGCGAGGACUCGGGCGAGGAGGGAUUCGAUUCGGGUGGCGUUCAGCAAGAAUUCUUCCGCCUUGCCAUAGCCGAGGCUCUAAAUCCUGAUUACGGCGCGUUCACCAUCGAUGAGCGGAAUAGGAUGGCAUGGUUCCAACCUGGGUCGACAGAGCCGGACUGGAAAUUCGAACUCGUGGGGCUGCUUGUCGGUCUAGCCGUGUACAACGGUCUUACCCUACCCGUCAGCUUCCCUAAGGCUCUUUAUCGCAAGCUCCUCGGUGAGCCGGUCACAGACAUCCACCACAUUAAUGACGGAUGGCCGCAGAUAGCCAGUAGCUUGACAGAGCUUCUGGAAUGGGACGAGUCAAAUGGUGCGGUUGAGGACAUAUUCGCUGUCACCUACGAAUUCUCCGCCAACAUGCUCAACGAGCAUGUCUCGAGGGAAAUGCACUCUCUCACUCCUGGAUCGCAAACCCCUUCCGACCAUGAAUGGCCUCAGUUCCCUCCUUCAAGCAACAUUGGCAACCAACAGCGAGACUGGACAUUAUCCUGCGAGAACCCUGAGGACGCACCUUUUGUUACUGACGCAAACCGUAAUGCUUACGUUUCCGAUUACAUCCGCUACAUGACGGACGUCUCGGUCCGCCCGCAGUACGAAGCUUUUGCGAAGGGGUUCCGCUCAAUUCUACACCCCAAAUCACUCACCCUCCUCAGCCCAGAGCUUCUACAGAACCUUGUCGAGGGCCAGCAAGAGAUCGAUGUCAGCGAGCUCCGCCGCGCUGCACGGUACGUUGGCUACUCCUCCGCCUCGAGGACGAUUAAGGACUUCUGGAAGAUUGUCAGGGAGUACGAUGACCAGAUGAAGCGCAAGCUGCUCGAGUUCGUCACCGCGAGCGACAGGGUGCCAGUCGGGGGUGUCAAGAACAUCCAGUUCGUAGUACAGAAGAACGGCGAGGAGGACGGCCACGACGGCCACUUGCCCACGGCAUACACCUGCUAUGGCACCCUCCUGCUGCCCGAGUACCGGGACCGGGAGGUCUUGAAGGAGAGGUUGAGCAUGGCGUUGGAGAACGCCCAGGGUUUCGGGUUUGCUUGA